UAGCUCUACAGCAAAUCAUGGCUCAUCUAGACGCUAUCAGGAAAGACAUGGUCAUCCUGGAGAAGAGUGAAUUUGCCAAUUUACGCUCUGAAAAUGCUAAAAUGAAAACAGAGCUGGAGCAAAUAAAGAACAGACUACUGGUGAGUAGAACCAAAUAAAUCAGAGCAGAUGCAAAGUUACACUUUAAUUUGGAGCGAAGUAGAGUUACAGACAUGUUUUGUUUUACAGAACAAGAGAAGAAACUUAUGGAAGUUAGAACAGAGUUCCGAAAAAUGAAUGCAGAUAUAGAAAGUGAAGCCGUGGAAACUUCAAAGAAAAUAGACACAGUUGCCUCUUUGAAAACCCUCCUGGAAUCACUAAAGCUAGAGAAGAUUAGAUAUCUUGCAGGUAUGUACUCAAGAUGCUUUUCAAACAGAUGUCAUGUAUCUCUAAAUAUAUUUGACUUCACAGUGACUUGUUUGCAAGUCCUUCAGAUAAGACUCCGAAUUUGAUAACACACAAAUAUCAUUGUUAGUGGCUCUUCAGUUUGUUGAUGCAAUAUCAAUUUUGUUUUAUGGGCGCUAAGAACAUUGUCAAAUGAUCGUUUUUUGAUUAUUAUUUUGUUUCACAGCGAUGC